AACAAUUUACUCUCUCUCUCUCUGCAAUGUCACAGCCUCUCACCACCAGACCCACCGUCGCCGGAAUCUCUAUAUUCCCUUUCCGACAACCGCCGCCGCUCUGUACUUUCCUCUUCGUCAUCGUCCUUUUCGUCGCCACUUUCUACACUCUCCAUCACCCAGACGCCGUUACUCCUUCUCUUCUAUUUUCUCGAAAUUCCCAUAAUGCCCUCCGUCUCCACCGCCUCUUCCUCUCCUCUGCUUCCAACGCCACCAUCUCUUCUUACCUCCGAGAAUUGACCCGUCAUCCUCACCUUGCCGGAACUAAACCCUCUUUAGAAACUCUCAACUACGUCCAAAACCAUUUCAAAAGCCUCGGACUUGAGACCCAUGUCGCCGAAUACGAAGCUCUCUUAUCUUAUCCUACGCACAUCUCCGUCACGGCGCGUUUUAGCAACACGACGACUCUUGAGUUUGACUUAAACGACGUUCCCGGAGAUUCUUCUUCCUCAUCAUCUCCGGUCGUUAGGCCUUACCACGCUUACUCUCCAUCUGGGUCGGCGCAAGGUAACGUGGUUUUCGUGAAUCACGGCGAGGAGAGAGACUAUCAUGCGCUUGAGUCGAUUGGUGUGAGCGUUAAAGGGUGUGUGGUUUUAGCGAGGAAAGGUGAAACCUUGGGAAGAGGAGCAAUUGUGAAGAUAGCAGAAACUAAAGGUGCGCUGGGAGUGCUAAUAUACGCCGAGAAUGACGGUGGUGGAUUUGGCGGGAUUGAGAGAGGUACGGUUAUGAGAGGAAUCGGAGAUCCGGUUAGUCCGGGUUGGCCCGGAGUUGUCGGAGGAGAAAAACUGAGCUUAGAAAAUGAAUUGGUCACUCGGAGAUUCCCCAAGAUUCCAUCUUUGCCUUUGUCUCUUCGUAAUGCUGAGAUCAUUUUGGCUUCUCUUGGCGGUGCUAGAGCUCCGUUGGAGUGGUGGAAUUCGGGUCGGGUCGGAUCGGGUCAACGGGUUGGCCCUGGACGGACGGUUAUUAACAUGACGUUUCAGGGGGAAUUGAAAAUGAAGAAAAUUCACAAUGUUGUGGUUACAAUAAGAGGAAGUGAAGAAGCGGAUCGGUAUGUGAUUCUUGGGAACCAUAGAGAUGCAUGGACAUAUGGAGCUGUUGAUCCAAACAGUGGAACUUCUGCUUUACUUGACAUUAGCCGACGAUUCACUUUGUUGCUUAAAUCUGGUUGGAGACCACGUAGGACCAUUCUCCUUUGUAGUUGGGAUGCAGAAGAAUUUGGAAUGAUUGGAUCAACUGAAUGGAUUGAAGAAAAUGUUCUUAACUUAGGUGCAAGUGCUGUGGCUUAUCUUAAUGUAGAUUGUGCGGUCCAAGGCUCUGGUUUUUUUGCUGGUGCAACUCCUCAAUUAGACGGUCUUCUUGUAGAUGUCUUGAAGCUGGUACAGGAUCCUGAUGCUGUAGGCUUGACAGUGGAAGAGACAUUUAAGUCUCAGAAUAACAUUAUACAGAGGCUAAGCAGAGUAGAUUCUGAUUUUUCUGGUUUUCUUCAUCAUGCCGGGAUACCGUCUAUAGACAUGUACUAUGGAGCAGAUUAUCCUGUCUAUCACACCGCAUUUGACUCCUAUGAUUGGAUGAUCCACAAUGCAGAUCCAUUGUUUCAUCGCCAUGUUGCUAUGGCAGGAAUUUGGGGACUUUUAGGAAUCCUCUUGGCUGAUGAGCCACUGAUACCAUUCGAUUACAUCUCUUAUGCAGAACAAUUGCAGGCACAUAGAGAUACACUGAGCAAGCUCUUAGAAGGGAAAGUCUCUGUUAAUCCCUUAAGCAUGGCGAUACAAGAGUUCUCUUUGGUUGCAAAAGAAGCCGCAGAUGAAGCAAAGAAAUUAAAGGAGAAACCAUAUAGCAAAGACGAUGUUGCAGCAUCGGCGAAGAGAAGAGAGCUAAAUGACAGGUUGAUGCUUGUAGAAAGAGGGUUUUUGGAUGCAGAAGGGAUCAAAGGGAAGGAAUGGUUCAAGCAUCUUGUGUAUGGACCGGCGGCUGAACCAGAGAGCAAACUGGGAUUUUUCCCGGGAAUAGCAGAUGCGAUUGCGAUAAACGCAUCAGAGGGAGUAAUUGAGCACGAGAUAUGGAGAGUCGCAAGAGCGAUUCAGAGAGCAAGCAAAGCUCUUAAAGGAGGGUUCACAUGAGAAAAUCUCAAAGAGUUCUCUUUUGUGUAUAUAUUGUGACUGUAGAUUGUAGAAGAAUAACGUCUUAUGAUCUAA